UUCCCGCACCAAACCGUUCCUUGGCUAUAGCAUAUUCCAAGACUUGCCGAGAAAUAAUGAAGUAAACCCCGUGGAGCACGAGCUUCAGAGAUCCUCACCACGAUUUAUCGAUGCGAUAGCCAUCAAACAGAACCACACGCGCCUCCAUACAACUACAAGCAGAGGUGGUCAGAAUGGCAAUGGCGACUUCUUCAAUUUACUGCGCAACAACUCCGUUACCCCAAAGGAGCCUCUCCAAACAAUUCCCCCUCCACCUCCCCGCCGCAUGCGUCACGCGGCACGCGCUUCCUUCUUUAAGCAUAACAGCGAGAUUGCCAGCACAGGUAGCUGCAGCCUCCAGCGCCGUCGAAGCCAAGCCGCAGCAGGAAGCCGUUGCUCCUGCUAAGGUUUUGCCGUUUCGGGUUGGCCACGGCUUCGAUUUGCACCGGCUGGAGCCGGGGUACCCUCUCAUCAUCGGUGGUAUUAAUAUUCCUCAUGAUCGAGGCUGCGAAGCUCACUCUGAUGGUGAUGUCUUGCUACACUGUGUGGUUGACGCAAUAUUGGGGGCACUGGGGCUUCCAGAUAUUGGGCAGAUCUUUCCAGACACAGAUCCAAAAUGGAAAGGCGCAGCAUCUUCUGUUUUCAUCAAGGAAGCAGUUAGGCUAAUGCAUGAGGCGGGUUAUGAACUUGGAAAUUUAGAUGCUACAUUGAUCCUUCAAAGACCAAAGGUCAGCCCGCAUAAGGAGGCUAUCAGAUCCAAUUUGUGCAAGCUACUUGGUGCCGAUCUGUCUGUUGUGAACCUCAAAGCAAAAACUCAUGAGAAGGUUGACAGUCUUGGGGAAAAUAGGAGUAUAGCUGCACACACAGUUGUUCUCCUUAUGAGGAAGGAAUAGCGGUGUUUUCCUUGGUUGAAGUGUAAUAGUUGUAUCUGUAUCACUAUAGCAUCAUACAAGAGAUUGCAUCACCUAAUUCUUAGAUCUUACAAUUGAUGACCUAGUAUACGCACACGAUACUUUCAUCCAAACAAACAUUCACCUCGUGUACCUUGAAAAUUGAAUGACAACAUCCUUGUAAAGGGAUGAUUGGGUCUGUUUAAAACUCUGGAUGUCUUUUGAGCAGGGUUUCCUUUAUUCAU